CUUUUAUCUGUCAGAGCCUCACCUCCCCUGCUACCGUCUGAUACUGAGCAAAAGCAACUCGUCCGCACUAUAGAACUCCUCCAUAAGAGAAUGCUGUCAGUGAGGUCGAAUUUCGUCACAGUGCGAGAUGCCCUCAAUAAGCAUCUUGAGGAUCUCCUUAAACAUUCAUCACAGCUGAAACACCAGCGUUCGGAAGCCCUCGACUCGAUAAAACGAGAG